AUGCUGCACCACGCUGCUUUCUUAUUGCACUGCCUCCCACUGGUCAUGGGACAAUAUGACCUCUGCAAAUCCUGGGUAACCACUGACGACGGGCCAAUGUGGGAGUUCUACGCCUGCCAACCGAAGGCUGUGCAGAUGAAAGACUACGUGACCGUGAAAGUGGAUCCAUCUGAGAUCACCUGUGGGAACCCCCCAGAGAGAUUCUGCACUCACGAGAACCCGUACAUGUGCAGCGAUGAGUGCGACGCAUCCAAUCCUGACCUGGCCCACCCGCCAAAGCUGAUGUUCGACAAGGAAGAGGAGGGCCUGGCAACUUACUGGCAGAGCGUGACCUGGAGUCGCUACCCGGAGCCCUUGUUGGCCAACAUCACACUUUCUUGGAACAAGAGCAUCGAGCUGACGGAUGACAUUGUCGUGACUUUUGAGUACGGUCGCCCCACUGUCAUGAUGCUGGAGAAGUCCUUGGAUAACGGCAGGACUUGGCACCCCUAUCAGUACUACGCGGACGACUGCAUGGAAGCCUUCGGCAUGCAAGCAAGGCGGGUCAGGGAACUCUCCGCCACCAGCGCCAACAGAAUCAUCUGCACAGAGGAAUAUUCCCGCUGGGCGGGUUCCAAGAAGGAGAAGAACGUUCGCUUUGAGGUGAGGGACCGUUUUGCCAUUUUUGCUGGGCCAGAUCUCAGAAACAUGGACAACCUAUAUACAAGGCUGGAAAGUGCCAAGGGUCUGAAGGAGUUCUUCACUGUGACAGACUUGCGGAUGAGGCUCUUGAGACCAGCACUCGGGGGCACCUAUGUGCAAAGGGAGAACUUGUACAAAUACUUCUAUGCUGUUUCCAACAUCGAAGUCAUUGGCAGGUGUAAAUGCAACCUUCAUGCCAACCUAUGUACCUUCAAAGAGGGCAGCCUCCAGUGCGAGUGUGAGCACAACACAACCGGGCAGGAUUGUGGCAGGUGCAAGAAGAACUUCCGCAGCAAGUCAUGGCGGGCUGGCUCCUACCUGCCUCUUCCCAACGGCUCUCCGAAUCUCUGCUUGCUCCCGGCUGUUAGCAGCAAGGGCAAUUGUGAAUGCUACGGCCACUCCACCCGAUGCAGCUUCAUCGACUUUCUGAACCUGGUGACCUGCAUCAGCUGCAAGCACAACACGCGGGGCCAGCAUUGCCAGCACUGCCGGCUGGGCUACUACCGGAACAGCUCUGCAGAACUUGACGAUGAGAAUGUCUGCAUAGACUGCAACUGCAACCGAAUCGGCUCAGUGGCCAACCGCUGCAAUGACACUGGCUACUGCGAUUGCAAGGAAGGCGUCACGGGGCCCAAGUGUGACGACUGCCUGCCCAGCUACUACUGGAGACAGGGCUGCUUCCCAAAUGUCUGCGAUGACGAGCUUUUGCUUUGCCAGAACGGAGGCACCUGCUAUGAGAACCAGCGCUGCCUCUGCCCACCAGGCUUCAAGGGGGUCCUCUGUGAGCAAUCCAAAUGUGACGGGGAGCACAAGGACUGUGACGGGGCCUCCAGCACGUCCCUCAGCCCGGCAGCCUUCCUUCUCAGUUCUCUUGCCCUGCAGCUGCGACACUGGAGGGACCUUUGAAACCACCAACGGGAGAGCUCGAAGGACAUGAAAAGCCUCCAGAGAGGACCUGGAGGGAAAGGGGAGGGGGACACACUGGAGGGCCCCCACUGCUGCCAGGCCCCCCCCCCCAGCCUCUUUUCCUAGCUUACAGAAAACAGCAAAGAGGAAACAAGGGGUCAAGUCUGCUGCCCAAGUUGUUGAGGACCCUGUCUGGAUGGGGCUGCUGUGCUGCAGAGACCACGCUCAACAGACCUAUCAGGGGAAGGAGCAACUGACUCCAAGUUGGGGGUGCAGAGAACUCGUGUUGCUUCCUCCUCUCUUUCUAGUGGUGACCGUUGUGUCUCUCCACUUUGCACAGGGGGCAGGGAAGUCUGCCAAAAACAUGCCAAGCAUUUAGGGUCUCUGCUAUUUUCUGUCCUCUUUUUUUCUUCCUCCUUCAGUCUGUCGUUUUGGAAGAAUCACUCCCAACAGGGACUGGCAGCUAACGAAGCCACAGACACUUCUUGCAAGACUAUUUUCCACCUUGCAAUAUUGGCCCACUCUAGCUAGCCCAGACUUAAAUUAUAUUGUUGCCUACAAAUCAAAUUGCUGAAUUUGUUAAGUUUUAUAACUUCUUAUUCCUUGGUUGCAAGAUUUCAGUUUUCCGUUUCUUGCCCUUGAGACCUGGACGAAAGGAGGCCGCUUUGUGUCGCGCCAACAUGUAACGUGUUAUCCAAGCUUUGCCGUAGAAUUUACGGUUCAGACAUUUUUUUGUAGAGAAUUAUUUUUGUUUGAAUUAUAAAUGUUCUAAAGAAAAAAAAGAUUAACAAUCACAGCCUCUAAAGAGAC